UGUCUGCUCUUCACUAAUGCUAAAAAGAAUAUUCUGUGUGAGAAGCCACUGGCCAUGAACACCAAGGAAGUGAAAGAGAUCCUGGCUUCAGCCAAAAAGAAUAACGUUUUCCUAAUGGAGGCUGUGUGGACCCGCUUCUUCCCAGCGUCUGUGGAGAUCAGAAAGCUUCUGGCUCAAGGGGAGAUGGGGGAGGUUAAGAUGGUCCGUGCAGAUUUUGGCGUGCCGCUGUUGCAUGUUCCCAGAGCUGUGCAGAAGGACCUGGGUGGAGGAGCGUUACUAGAUCUCGGUAUCUACUGCCUGCAGUUCAUAACUAUGGUGUUCAAUGGAGAGAAGCCAGAGGCUAUCCAAGCCAGCGGAGUCUGCCUAGAGACGGGUAACAAGUUUAUAGGAUGGUUUUAUCUUAUAACUUUUGAAGGAGAAAAUACACCAGAUGCGCUGCAGUGCGUGAGCGCAGCAAAGCAGUAUGCGCUACUCAUAGGUUAUGUGUGUGACAUUUAUUUUUAAAAGGUUAUUUACACGUGUCGCAUAAUACGCUUCGCCUGAUUUAGAUAGAGGUUCUAAUUUCCGAGCUUAUACACUCCUGUUAGGCAAGGAAAAAUCUGGAAAAUAAGCAUCCUUGUUCUGUCACAUAUUUCUUUGAGAUCUGUUACCCAUAUAUCACUGAUAGCAUUGCUUACCCAUUCAGCAUACGUUCCCCCCUGCCCAGAAACCCGUUUCUGCUGAUCCUACUUUGCAAAAUCUAGUGUAAAAUUUGUUUUCAUAAACACGGAUGUAAGCUGUGCCGCUUGCACCACGUGCUGUGCACGCGUCUGGUGUAUUUCCCCCUUUAUGAGGAGCCGUACAAGGCAUAAAUAACACUGCCACUCUCACAUACAUAUAUUUGAACUCUUGGAUACUCACAGUGGUUAAAAUUAUUAUUGAACAUGGCACCAAUUUUCCUAGUAUAUAUAUUUUAAGAGGUGCUUUUGACACUUUUUGACGCGUUUACCAAUUGCCGAUAACAAACCAUGCAA